AUGAUUCCACUUGUGGGGGUGUCUGAUACUUUAAAGAAAUGGCACAACCUAAUAGAUUCAAUAAGGGAUUCGGCAGAAGGGAAGCCGGAAUGGUCCCUGUCCUACAUUACCACAACAGGCUGUUUCUCCUUUGUCCUGCUGAGUCUGAUGUACUAUGUCAUAGAUGUGAGGGUGUGGGGGAGUGGAGAGCCAUUCAUCUUCCCAGUUGUGCUCGGACUAUACUUCCCCAGGAAGACCUACCAGACGACUGUGUACAUUGGACAGCCAGCAGAUACUCCUCUGCUCCAGGUCUACGCUUUACCCGAGGAAGGGAACCGCACAGCCUACUUUGGGUUCUGCAACAAUCUGCUGAACGGAUUUCGACACCAGUGGUUUCGAAUCGAUGAGCGAUCUGGUGUCUUUUACCUCAACAAGACACUGGAGGAGAAUGAUCUCCAACUGCUGGGUAAUAUGGGCGGACCGGAACUGUAUAAGAUCACACUGCAUAUCUUUGCUGCUCCUGAACCCCGUCGGGAGAAGGAG